GUCUACAUGGACGGCUCCGACGCCCCUGAGAUCCCUCGCGCCGCCGAGGCUUGCCGCGUCGUGGGCGCUCCAGGCGAGAUGCAACUCGCCCUGCAGGAGGCCCGCGCGAGGGCCGAGGUUGCCUGCGCGGAGGUGAAGGGCCACGCGAGGCAGUUGCAGCGGGAAAGAACGGGCGGUUCACUCGACGGCCAGGCUGGCGCGAUCAGGGCGCCGAUCGACGGAGCGGUGGGGCUCGCGCGGUACCCUUUGCACGCUUUCGGCCGCCACUAUUGCCCAUGGCCCUUCGCACUCGCGUUGGUUGGACGUGCUGUCGCGGCGGCGGAGGUCAGGCGCCCGCUCUUCAGCCGCCCGGGCGCGGUCAGGGAGCUCUCGACCAAG